AUGACAUCUGACAGCAUCAACAACAAGCCAUUUUUUGUGCAAAUACCAUCAGUGAAAAAUUCUGCAAAGCUUGCAAAAGAAGUAAAUCGAUUUUCUGUGUGCUUCAGGAAAACUCGUUCAGCCUUUAAAUUGCAUUCAUUGAUGUUACUUUGUGUUGCUGCUUUCACGUUGAAAAUCUCUGCAUUCGUCUGGGAGAACCCGAAGCGAAACUUUUUGUGA